AUGCUCACUCUCUUCCGCCGCGCCGCGCUCUCGCGCCCCACUCUCAUCGCCGUCCGAGCUGCCAGCGGCAGCUCGCCCGGCACGACGCCUGACACUGGCGGGCCGCUGUUUUCGACCCAGUUCGGUGUGCCGAUCCACACUCCCGCAUCGGGGGGCGACAAGGCUGCUGCGCCGCGCGAGAAGCCGGUCGAGGUCGAGAAGAAGCCCGAGAGCAAGGCACACAAGGUCAAGGGCGGAUACAGCUUUGCCGAGCUCAAGCGGCUGCGCGAGGAGGGCCGCGACUAG